CACAGCCCGCCCAUGGCUGACAGGAGCCUGAUCGAGGGCGCCGAGCCCCUGCCGCGCCGGGAGGAGCCUCCGGAGUGGGGCUACGAGGAAGGAGUGGAGUGGGGGCUCAUUUUCCCUGAUGCUAACGGGGAGUACCAGUCGCCCAUCAACUUGAACUCAAGAGAAGCUAAGUAUGACCCCUCGCUCCUGGAAGUGCGUUUGUCACCGAACUACGUGGUGUGUCGUGACUGCGAAGUGAUCAACGACGGGCAUUCGAUUCAGAUUGCCCUGAAGUCAAAAUCAGUCUUAAUAGGGGGGCCAUUACCUCGGGGACACGAGUUUGAACUGCACGAUGUUCGAUUUCACUGGGGGAGAGAAAACCAGCGUGGUUCUGAACACACUGUUAAUUUUAAGGCCUUUCCCAUGGAGCUUCAUCUAAUGCACUGGAACUCCACACUGUACAGCAGCAUUGAUGAGGCAGUAGGGAAGAAGCACGGCAUAGCUAUUAUUGCUUUGUUUGUGCAGAUAGGAAAAGAGCAUGUGGGCCUAAAGGCUGUUACUGAAAUUCUUCAGGACAUCCAGUACAAGGGAAAGUCCAAAACAAUACCCUGUUUUAAUCCCAACUCUUUAUUGCCAGAUCCUCUUCUGCGUGACUACUGGGUGUAUGAGGGCUCUCUAACCAUUCCACCCUGCAGUGAAGGUGUCACCUGGAUAUUAUUUCGCUAUCCUUUGACUGUGUCCCAAGUGCAGAUAGAGGAAUUUCGAAGACUGAGGACUCAUGUUAAAGGUGCUGAACUUUUAGAGGGCUCUGAUGGAAUCCUAGGAGAUAACUUCAGACCAACUCAGCCACUUAGUGAUAGAAUCAUCAGGGCUGCAUUUCAGUAGCAGAGGAGGAAGAACAAUGAUGAAUCUUCAGUCAGAGAGGGGGAAGACAAUGCUCCCACAGUGCCCGCAGAUGAGAAAUGGAAACUUUUGAGACUGCUGCUUCAGUUGAACCACAAAGCCUGUAUUGUUUGUCUUCAUCUAAUUCAGCCUUGAUAGACAGCUGUGACAGUUGGUCUGUCCACAUGGUCCAGUGAAAUUCUGGGAAUGGGCUGUACAUUAAAAGAAGAAAAUAUAUUGAAUCUUCCAUUUCACACUGUUAACUAUUUUUAAAUUGUCAUUAUCGUUGCUUUUAUAGCUACUUUGCCAUAGCAUUCAAUAGUAAUCUGUGAUCCAAAUAGUACUGAUUUUAAGCUUGGUAUGAAUGCUAAUAUGUAGAAAUACUCAUUAUUGUUUUGAAUGUUAGAUUUAUUUUUAUUCCGUAUCAUCUCUUGUUCCGUCAGUAACAAUAUUUUCUGUAGAGGGGAGAUGCAUUCUGCAAAGGUAAUAAAAACUCUGUUUGUUCACAAAGAGUAUUAUACAAAUUCAGAAUGAAUUUUUUGGCAGAAAAGGAGCACUUCUCUGCUAAACAUAUGCAUUUGACAUGGUUAUCUGAAUAAAGCUGAAUGACAUUUACAUUACUAGGAACCUUACUGAAAAAAGGACAGUUUGGAACUAAGUAAAAUUAACCAAUAUUACAAUAAACGGAAUUGUCUGGA